GAUCAUUUCUCUGAGUUCGUCGUCUGUUCAUAGAUCUAAUGGAAACCGUUUAAACAGCGGUAGAUCUCAUUCUCUGCGGUAGAGCAGCCAUGGCUACGAAAGCAAGCUCUUCAACUGCUCUUCCAAAAUCCGGAGCUAUCUCCAAAGGCUAUAAUUUCGCUUCUAACUGGGAGCAGAAUGCUCCAUUGACAGAGCAACAACAAGCAGCGAUAGCGUCACUAUCUCAUGCAGUUGCAGAACGGCCCUAUCCAGCAAAUUUGUCUCAAGAAACAGUGAUGGGGCAGGAAAGCAGUUUGUCUGUUUCCUCUAAGGAUGAUACUUUGGAAGAAUCUGGAACCAUAGCAGCAGUUCUGGUCAACACUCAUCAGUUCUACAAAUGGUUUACAGAUCUUGAAUCAGCUAUGAAGUCCGAGACGGAGGAGAAGUAUCGCCACUAUGUCAAUACAUUAACUGAACGCAUACAGACAUGUGAUGAUAUCCUUCAUGAGGUGGAUGACACCCUUGAUUUAUUCAAUGAACUCCAGCUACAGCAUCAGGCUGUUUCAACAAAGACAAAAACCUUGCAUGAUGCAUGUGAUCGAUUAUUGAUAGAGAAGCAAAGACUCGUAGAGUUUGCAGAAGCACUUCGAAGUAAGCUCAACUACUUUGAUGAAUUGGAGAAUGUUGCUACCAAUUUUUAUUCUCCAAACAUGAACGUUGGAAGUGAACACUUUCUUCCGCUGCUGAAAAGACUUGAUGAGUGUAUUUCGUAUGUUGAAAGCAACCCACAAUAUGCUGAAUCCAGCGUUUACUUGGUCAAAUUCCGACAACUUCAGCUUCGAGCAUUGGGUAUGAUGCGGUCUCACGUACUUUCAGUUCUAAAAAAUGCUUCAUCUCAGGUUCAGGCAGCAAUUCGUGGCAGUGGUGGUAGCACAACUGCUGUUUCUGAGAGUGUGGAAGCGUCUGCCAUUUAUAUUCGCUUUAAGGCAGCAGCUGGUGAGCUGAAGCCAGUGUUGGUGGAAGUGGAAAGCAGAUCUUCAAGGAAAGAAUAUGCUCAAGUUCUAGCAGAAUGCCACAGAUUGUACUGUGAACAGAGACUCUCCUUGGUUAAAGGCAUAGUGCAGCAAAGGAUCUCUGAAUUUUCCAAGAAAGAGGCUCUCCCAUCGUUGACUAGAUCUGGAUGUGCGUACCUAAUGCAGGUUUGCCAGCUUGAGCACCAACUCUUCGAUCAUUUUUUCCCAUCUUCAUCUGCUGAUGUUUCAAGUUUGGCUCCUCUAAUAUAUCCUCUGUGUACUUAUUUGUAUGAUACACUACGCCCAAAGCUCAUUCAUGAAGCGAAUCUUGAUUGUCUUUGUGAACUUGUUGACAUUCUUAAAGUUGAAGUCCUGGGAGAACAGCUCAGUAGACGGAGUGAGUCUUUAGCAGGAUUGCGUCCCACAUUACAAAGAAUUCUGGCAGAUGUUCAUGAGCGAUUGACUUUCCGUGCUCGAACACAUAUUCGUGAUGAGAUUGCAAAUUACUUUCCUUUUGACGAAGACCUGGACUACCCUGCGAAGUUGGAGCGAUCUGUGGAGACAACUUCUGGAACUACUGUUGAUGAAAACUCUGACAUUUUCAAGACUUGGUAUCCACCAUUGGAGAAAACACUGUCAUGUCUGUCGAAGCUGUAUCGAAGUUUAGAAUCUGAAGUUUUUACAGGAUUAGCACAGGAAGCAGUGGAAGUUUGCUCGAUAUCCAUUCAGAAAGCUAGCAAACUAAUUGUAAAGAGAUCAUCCCCCAUGGACGGACAACUUUUCCUCAUCAAACAUCUGCUUAUUUUGAGGGAGAAGAUAUCACCUUUUGAUAUUGAAUUUUCUGUCACUCACAAGGAGCUGGAUUUCUCGCAUUUGCUGGAACAUCUAAGGCGGAUACUUCGAGGUCAAGCCUCACUAUUUGACUGGUCAAGAUCAACCUCAUUGGCCAGAACGUUGUCUCCCCGUGUCUUGGAAAAUCAGAUAGAUGCCAAGAAGGACCUGGAGAAAAGCCUUAAAGCCACCUGUGAAGAAUUCAUUAUGGCAGUCACAAAGCUAGUUGUGGAGCCAAUGCUUUCGUUUGUUACCAAGGUAACGGCUGUGAAGGUGGCACUGUCCUCGGGCAGUCAAGAUCAGAAAUUAGACUCUGUUUUGGCGAAACCUCUCAGGAAUCAAGCAUUUGCUAGUCCGGAUAAAGUGGCGGAGCUUGUUCAGAAGGUUAGGACUGCUAUUCAGCAAGAGUUGCCGGGGGUGAUGGCGAAAAUGAAGCUUUAUCUCCAGAAUCCAUCAACGCGGACGAUUCUGUUCAAACCAAUCAAGACGAACAUCAUUGAAGCGCAUUUGCAAGUGCAGAACUUGAUAAAAUCUGAAUACUCUGCUGAAGAAAUGCAGAGCAUCGGGAUGAUGCAGAUCGCGGACCUGCAAGCGCAGCUCGACAGCCUCCUUUAGGUGUGUGUGUAGCUAAUGUCUAGGUCCCACAGACAUGUGGGACCCACGGAUAUCCAACGGCUAGAUUCAUCAUUGAUAUGUUAAACUGAGACAUUUGGUUUUUAUUUUUUUAUUCUUUUUUUCUAAAAUAUAUAAAAGUAUCAAAUUUUGGGCCUCA